CUCGCAAUUUUUCUCGUCUCUCUCUCUUUCUCUCCUCUCUUCAUAUCAUUUGCAUAUUUGCACUCAUUCUCAAGGGGGUCCUCUUCUUACAGUUAUAUAGGGUGAGUUAUUUUUUAGUACAAGUUCGUAUAUUGGACUCACCAACUUAGGUCGAUAUCAAUCUUGCUCUAUUCUCCGAGCGCAACUAUGGCCAGGGGUGUCAUAUGGGUGGGACUGGGUCAGUUCAGUUCAAUUACGUAUAUAAAGUAUGACUAAAGUUUUGCUUUCUAUGGUUGGGGUUUGAGUUUAUCGCCAAUUGGAGCAUAGUAGCCUUGCCAUCUGUCUACUUUUAGCGAUAAUUUCCUGCAACAGCCCUCUGAUUUGCAUGUUACUAGUGGGCACCACUCACAUCUGAAAUUGACUAAACGUAACGACGACGACGUCGGUGACUGUGCAGCCCACCAAUCCUAAAGGGUGGCUGAAGGAAAACAUGAGCCUAUCGAGGUUUCAUCAGCAACUUAAUUAUGUAAUGACCGUAUUGGUUAAUGUUCGAUGUAUCUGGUACAGAUUCAGCCGAGAUGUGAUGCAUCUCCAUAGACAGAUUGGGGUUGGGAAAAAAUUGAACAUGGAGAACUGGCAUGUAUCAUCACAAUGUGUGCGGCUCUAAUCUUCUUACUUCAAAUCUUUUUUUCAGUGUAGACGAAGAUCGGUGGAGAAUGGAGAUCAAGGUACUGCUCACGUUGGUAUCUAUUGCGAGCUUCGUAAGUCAGGGUAUGUCGGAGCACAAAGCCCCCCCGCCGCCUGUCACAGAGGCGGCCCUUCAUAGGAUAGCGGCUUCAUUGGACAUGUUCGUCGACGAACUCCCCCAAAUGCCAAGGCUUUACGGUUACUCCAGGCGUGAAGGUUUGCUCCUUCCUGGAAAUCUCACCAUUGGCAUGUACGAGAAGAAAUGGAAAUUCCAUCGAGAUUUACCGGCCACUACUGUCUUCGCCUUUGGUACAUCAGCUGCCGCUGCGACCGUGCCCGGUCCAACCAUUGAAGCACUUCAAGGCGUCCCCACUUCGGUGACGUGGCUCAAUUUCCUCCCUCGAUCCCACAUCCUCCCGUGGGACCCAACCAUCCCCACGGCCAUCCCCAAGCACGGCGGCGUCCCGACCGUCGUCCACCUUCACGGUGGCGUCCACCCGCCAGACUCGGACGGCAACGCUUUCGUGUGGUUCACCUCGGGUUUUCACGAGACCGGACCGAAGUGGACUCGCAAGACCUACGCAUACCCCAACGUGCAACAUGCCGGAAACCUUUGGUACCACGAUCACACGGUCGGCCUGACGCGUGUCAACCUCCUAGCCGGUCUGAUCGGCGCCUAUGUGAUACGUGAUCAGUCGUUGGAGGUGGAGCUUGAUCUCCCGUCGGGGCCCGAUUUCGACCACCAUCUGAUGGUGUUUGACCGGAGUUUCACCAAGGACGGAUCGUUGUACAUGAACUCCACCGGCGACAACCCUAACAUACACCCGCAGUGGCAGCCGGAGUACUUCGGCGACGCCAUCAUAGUCAACGGCAAAGCUUGGCCCUACCUCAAGGUCCAACGUAGGAAAUACAGAUUCCGCAUAAUCAACUCUUCCAACGCGCGCUACUACAAAUUCUCAUUGACCACAGGAUUGUCAUUCAUCAUGGUCGCCUCCGAUGCAUCCUAUUUGCCCUCGCCAGUGAUCACCAAAUCGUUUCUCUUAGCUCCAUCGGAAACUGCCGACGUCAUCAUUGACUUCUCCACGACAGAAGCGAAAGAAGUACUGCUCAAGAACGGCGCUCCAUACCCUUAUCCCAGUGGCAGUUCUGUUGACAGGCUGAACGGGGAGGUAAUGAAGUUCGUGGUAUUGUCUGGAAACCCUAACCCGCCAGACAGAUCCCGUGUGCCACCAUCUUUGAGGGUCUACUCGACGACCCAAAAACCAACUGUUAAGAGGUACAUAGUGCUGUAUGAAUUGAGAAGAAAUCGAAUACAGAACAAGAUCUUCAAGCAAUCAAUGAAAAUACCUCAGACUUCUGUUAUAUUUCUUCUUCAGAACUUCGAGUUCUUCUUUACACAAUCUUUCAUCAACUCCAAAAUACAGAGAACGAAGAAAAGGCUUCGAUGA